GUGACCCGGGCAGAACCGACCGCAAAUGAUUAACAUCAACCCCGGUGAAACAUCGGAAACCCUCCAGGCUGCUGCUGUUUUACCUCACACAGGACUUCCGUUUAAUCAGCCAUAAAAGGUUUCAUUAAAUUAUACGACUUUUUCUGCUGUGCCCCAGAAGAUCCCGGGAAAAUAUUUAUUUUUCGGGGUAGGGGUGCAAAAUAAAUAAUUCUCCCACGCUUGGGAUGAGUGAGUGUUGAAACAUCGGUAAAUCGGGAAGCGAAGUGUGUGCCGUGUUUCGGUAUAUCAAACCGUAAUUGAUAGCGCGUCCCGAUAGUGGGACGGAAAUUGUUGAACCAGACCGCCAUUCGGGGCGACACCUAAUUGGAUCCGAAUCGAAACAAAACGACAACGACGAACGGAAGAAUCAAUGCGGUCGGAAACAUUAUUUAUGCGGAUCGUUGAAGGUCCAACAAAAACAACAACCGGUAGCCAUUGGUCUGGCAAUCAUACGGAUCAAUAUCGGAAGGAUGAUUCCGACAACUGAUAACCACAUCAUCCGUAGGCUUCCGUUUUCGUUGCGGUUUUGUGGCAGAUUAUGUUGAGCUCGAAACGCGGCCCGGUGACAUCCGGACUUGCUGGGCGGCUUUCGAUGAUUCUGCAAUUGCUGUCUGGUUUGCUACUGACGCAUCAUCUUACACUUUCGGAUGGAGUCGCCAUGGCAAGUGAACCCUCCCUCGCAGCUUCUUCGCAUCUUUGCGGGGGAACUCUAACGGCCAGCCACGGGGUCCUGCAGACGCCGAAUUUUCCGGAACGAUUUCCGGUUCCGAUCAGCUGCAUCUGGAUCAUCGAUGCUUCCGCCGUAGUGGCAACAAAUAUUUCGAUCGUGGUCUAUCUGACCCAGCAAUACGUGCUAAGUGGGUUGCGAUUUACCGAGUACAUGUACUACAGUGAAGAUUUUAAGGUGCCCAGUACUAAUGUGUUUGAUCUGACCGAGGAUGAGGUCACGAAUGUGCCGUGGAUUAAGUUUAAUAGCCCGUAUUUGGAGAUCCGAUUUACCAUGGAUAAUCUUUAUGGAACGCAUUUGAGAGCGUUGGAUCAGUUGCUGGAUGUGUAUGGCUUUAACAUCACGUAUGAGGUGGAUGCUGUAAAGCCGUAUCAGUGUAAUGCACUGCAGUGUCGGUUUCUGGGCAACUGUUAUGCCAAGGCUGAUUUCUCAUCAUACUAUUGUGCUUGCUAUCCAGGCUUUAGUGGUCCGGACUGUGGCUAUGGACCACUUUGCAAAAAUUCGCAUAUCUGCGAGAAUGGAGGAACAUGCAAGUACAUCGGUGAUAAUGCUGUAACUUGUAUAUGUCCGGCAGGAUUUAAGGGCAACAAAUGUGAAGUCAGCGAGUAUGAUGAAAUCACAGUUCGUGGAAGGGCCAAAUACGAGGUUUCGAUGCGGUUGGCUAAUUCUUCCUAUUUCGAAACCGGCGAUGGAGGCGAUCGACAGCUGAAGGAGUAUGCAGCCAGCUCGCUCGAGAAAUAUGUAAGUAUUUAA